CAGGUUAGAUAAGUCAGAAUUGGGCCAGUUUAAGAAGGCCCAAUCUUGUAAGCGUUAUGGGUCCAACAAAUUUUGCUCAUAAUUCUCGGCCGCUCGCAUCUCCGGAGUCUUUGCCGCUUGCUUCACCGUGUCUCGAGACGACAUGGUGGUGGUGCCAUAACGGACGGUGUUUCUCUCGAAGUUAGAAUCGGCUUUGAUUUUGUAAUUGGAGAAGAUAAAAGGAGUGAGAAGGAAUGUUUACAAAUAAGGAAAGACAAGAAGAACGUAUUGGCAAAAAUGGAACACCAAGGCUUCAAUUUCUACAGGAGCUUGUGAGUCAGUUUCAGAAUGCAACUGAUCAAGAAACAAAGGAGAGAAUUGUAGCAAACUUGGGGAAUUUCGCAUAUGACCCUUACAACUACACUAUUUUACGUCAGCUAAAUGUAUUGGAACUAUUCAUAGACUGUCUGACAGAGCCAAAUGAAAAGCUUGUGGAAUUUGGAAUAGGAGGAUUAUGCAACGCAUGUGCUGACCCAAAAAAUGUUGCUACAAUUGUCGAGGCUGAUGGAAUUCCUCUUAUAAUCAAAUGUUUAUCAAGUCCUGUACGGAACACUGUGAAUUAUGCAAUUGGGGUUUUGUAUUACAUGUGCGACUAUAACAGAGCAACAAGAGAGGAGAUUUUGAGAGCGGAAGUGGUGGAUCUCAUAGAGAGGUACGCAGCUGCUGAUUCAGUCAGUGUAAGCUUUAGUAACUUGGCUAAGGCGUUUCUUGACAAGCAUGCUCAUGCAUACACAUGAGAUUCUUGAAUAUUAUCUUUUCACGAUGAAGUAGUUGGAUUCAGUUUAGAAGUACCAAAGAUGGUGAUUUCGCCAGUUUGGGCCAAAAACGCAAACGGUGGGAUGAAUGUUUUGAGGAUUGGGAAAGUGUUUAGUUGCGUCUAGUGGGAAUGUAGUUGAGUAAUGAAAAUGUUAAAUUAAUGAAUUGGAGAGACAUUUUUCAUACACCAAUGAAAACGUUUUUUGUAUAUUCAAUGUGUCAACAUUUAUCACUUAUGGCUGUGUACUAGUUUCAUAGGCCUCAAUUAUUUUUUAAUAACAUCAAACUUUUUCAGCUUUUAAA